GGUUCUCGUUUUCUCCCCUGACUAUUUUGCGCUAAUUUUUGUCAACAACCCACAUUUUCCGAAUACAGCAAUAAAAAGAAAUAAACGGAGUAUACAUACAAGGAGCAUCAAUCAUUCAAAUCAUCCAGCUAAAGCCCAUAUAACCGUUAAGCGUUAUAUAAAUUAAACAAAUAAGUUUAAAAAAAAACUACAAAAAAACCAGAAACAAAAUGUCUGCAGCCACAGAACAACAGAAUAACGGUGAUGUUGCCGUCGAGAAGGUGGCCGUCAAGGACGACGUCGCCGCGGUGAAGGACGAUCUCAAAGCCAAGGCAGCCAGCGAGGAUAAGGCAGCAGCAGAUGCCGCUGGCGACGCGGUCGCCGAUAACGGUACGGCAAAGGACGGCGAGGAUGCUGCCGAUGCCGCUGCCGCGCCCGCUAAGGAAUCAGUGAAAGGCACCAAGAGGCCAGCAGAAGCCAAAUCCGCCGAAUCAAAGAAGGCCAAGAAGGCCGCCGACGGCGAUUCCGACGAGGAGGAAGCUCUGGAAGAAAUUAUCGAGGGCGACAGUGAAAUCGAGAGCGACGAAUACGACAUACCCUAUGAUGGUGAGGAGGAUGACAUUGAAUGUGAUGACGAUGAUGAUGAUAACGACGAUGGCUCCGGCUCGGACGAUCAGGCGUAAUAAUAAUGUAGUCAAAAAUACAACAAAACAAACAAACAAUUUAAAUUAAUA